AUGCGUGAAAUAAUUCAUAUUCAACUCGGUGGAUGUGGUAAUCGAGUUGGUUCUAAAUUUUGGAAAACUAUAACUGAUGAACAUUGUAUUGAUUCUACAGGUAUUUAUUAUGGUCAAUUAGAUGAAAGUUUUGAAGGUAUUAACGUUUAUUUCAAUGAAAUAUCAAAAGGAAAAUAUUGUCCUCGUGCCAUUCUUGUUGAUCUUGAGCCUGAUGUUAUUAAUACAUUACAUAAUGAUUCAUUUGACAAAUUUUUCUGUUCAGAUAAUAUAAUCUGUGGUUUGAUAUUAUUUUUAUUAAAUGAAUACAAAGAUAUUCUAUGUAUAGGUAAAGUUGGAUGUGGUAGCAGUUGGAGUUCUGGUUUUUAUAACGAUGAUGCUGAAGUAAUUGAUCAAGUCUUAAAUACAAUUCGUAAAGAAAGUGAAUUAUGUGAUUGUCUUCAAGGUUUUCAAUUGACUCAUUCUCUUCUUGGUGGUACUGGAUCAGGUUUUGGAUCAUUACUUAUUGAUAAACUUCGAGAAGAAUAUCCUGAUCGGGCCAUAAUGACAUUCAGUUCCUUGACAUCAUCUGAGACAUAUGAACAUCUAAUUGAACCAUACAAUAUUGUACUUUCCAUACAACAUUUAAUCGAAAAUGUUGAUGCGACUUAUUUUUUCGAUAAUGAAACAUUACAUAAAAUAUCUUCUCGUACACAAACAUCACCGACUUACAAUGAUUUAAAUCAAUUGAUAUCAACUGCUAUGUCUGGUAUAACAACAUGUUUUCGUUUUCCAGAUCAGAUCAAUGGCGAUAUGCAAAAACUAAAUAAUCAUAUGGUUCCAUUCCCACGUUUACAUUUCUUAAUGUCCAGUUAUGCUCCAAUAAUUUCUCAAACUUGUAUACAAAAUAAUUCAAUACCAUUAUAUCAAUUGAUUGAAGAAAUAUUUGAUAAGAGAAACAUGUUGAUACCUUGUGAUUUGCAGCAAGGUCGAUAUCUAAGCGCGACAGCAAUCUUUCGUGGUCGUAAUAUGACUAUAAAAGAAAUAUAUGAACAUAUAUUUAAUUUACAAACUAAAGUUAAGAAUAUAAAAACUACUUUAUGUGAAAUUCCAUUGAAAGAUUUGGAAAUAUCAUCAACAUUGAUUGGCAAUCACACAUCUAUUCAAAAUCUAUUGAAAUAUGUCUUAGAAAAAUUUUCGACAAUGUUUCGUCGAAAACUUUAUGUAUUUGGUUUUUGUCGUUCAGGUAUGGAUGAAAUGGUAAGUUUCGAUCUUUAUGAUUUUCGUAUCAGUACUAUGAUUUAUACACAGGAAUUUACUGAAGCUGAAUCAAAUUUAAGAGAUCUAAUUGAUGAAUAUCAAGAAAUUCAAGAUGGAAAAACAGAAAGAGUCUCAUUUUAUAGUUAUCGUUUAUCAGACAAUAAUAUCAUGUCUGUUUUGAAAUUGGAACAUUUAGCAAAUGAAAUACUCUACACAAUUUUUGAUUAUCUCGAUGGUUUUCAUCUCAUAUUUGCAUUUCGUGGACUUAAUUCUCGUUUUACUUCUCUUAUAAAUCAUAUUCAUCUUCAUAUCAAUACAACACAUUGUCGAAAAAUUGAUUUUAAUUAUCUCUUCGAUGAUAUUUUUCCAUUUACUACGAAUAUCUUUUCUUUAACAAUAUCAAACAAGCAUACUCUCGGUCCAAUUGAAAUAUUUCUCAAUCGACAUCUUGAUUUAAUUCCACAUAAUCAACUUAAUCAUCUAAAACUUAUAGACAUCGAUCCACAAGUAUUGAAUACAUUUCUAAAAACUAUACUUCCAAAACUUACGCGUCUUGUUUCAUUAAAUAUUACGAAUUCGAUAACAAAAUUUCGUUAUGAUUUACCACUAGAAACUAUAAAUGUUUCAUUACCAGCAUUUAAAUAUCUUUCAUUAUCAAUUGAACAAAAUUCAUAUUAUCCGCAUGUUCCAUUUUUCAAUGAACAUAUGCUUAUGCAUCGAAUGGAAUCAAUGUUAUCGACUGUUACACAUUUAUCGCUCGAAUAUUCUCCACGAGAUAUUGUUGGAUUAACUCUUCUAUUUGAGAAAUUAAACAAAAUUGAAUAUCUUCAAAUUACACUCGAUAUCGAUGAUGAAGUUGCUCGUGCGAUUGGAAAUCCUUUCAUAUCGAAUUCUCCAUUGAUUAGAGAUCAUGGACAGCAUCUACGAUCAUUUAUUAUUCAAAUUGGAUAUCAUAUAUUAUUUGUAGAAAUUGCAGCGUUAUUAACUCAUUUUCCACAAUUACAAAUAUUAUCAUUGGCAACACAAGAAUUUACACAUGAUAUUCAAUUUUAUGAUGGUCAAGCAUGGGAAAAAUUAAUACAAACAUCGCUACCUCGUUUAACUUCGCUUCGCUUAUAUAUUUUUCUAGAUUAUCUUUCUUCUAAUCCUAUUCUACAUGAUAUUAUCAAUCGAUUUCGUACUCCAUUCUGGUUAAAUGAGAAAAAAUGGUAUAUUGUAGGUGAUCAAUUUUCUAAUCGUUCCUUACAAAUCUAUACCAUACCUUGUCCGAAAAAAAGUAUUGUUAUUCUUAAUAAUACAUCAAUAGCAUGGGAUACUACUCUACCUUCAAUCAAUCUAUCGACAUUUCAUUGUAUUACUUGUCUUAAAAUAUAUAUCACUAAAAUUGAAUCAAAUCCCAUAUUAUUACCAUAUUUUAAUAAUGUUAAAUCAGUUAGACUUCUAACAUUACCAAGUAAAGAUCAUUAUUUAUCACAAUAUCUAAAUUUAUCGAAACUUGAAACGGUUACUAUUGAAUGCUAA